AUGUUUGAAACUUUGAAGUACCUCAUCGGCUCAGCCGGAGCAAGUAGCUACGGCUCUAAGUCCACCGCCGAGCAAGUAACUGAAAACUGCGGCGAUCUGCAUUCCAUAACGGCCAUCAUCACUGGUGCCACAUCCGGGAUAGGAGCGGAGACGGCAAGAGUUUUGGCGAAAAGAGGUGCGAGACUGGUGUUGCCGGCUAGGAGCCAGAAAGCAGCAGAAGAUGCCAAGGCAAGGAUUUUAUCAGAGAAUCCGGACGCGGAGAUCAUCGUUAUGGGGCUUGAUCUUAGCUCUCUCAACUCUGUUCGAAACUUUGUUUCAGAGUUUGAGUCCUUCAACUUGCCUCUCAAUCUCAUCAUAAAUAAUGCUGGAAAGUUUGCACACGAGCAUGCAAUCUCUGAAGAUGGGAUAGAGAUGACCUUUGCUACUAAUUAUCUAGGACACUUUUUAUUGACAAAAUUGUUAUUGAAGAAGAUGAUUGAAACAGCAAAAACAACUGGGAUUCAAGGCAGAAUAGUGAAUGUUUCAUCGAGUAUUUUCAAUUGGUUUUCAGGCGAUAUGAUCCGAUAUCUUGGUGAAAUAUCCCGAAGCAAAUUACGUGACUUCGAUCCUACACGUGCAUAUGCUCUCUCGAAGCUCGCUAAUGUUUUGCACACCAAGGAGCUUGCUCAGAGACUGCAGCAAAUGGAGGCCAACGUGACCGUCAAUUGUGUUCAUCCAGGAGUUGUAAGAACUAGACUUACUAGAGAACGAGAAGGCGUAGUCACAGAUAUGGCCUUUUUCUUCACUUCCAAGCUCUUGAAAACAAUUCCUCAGGCUGCUGCUACAACAUGCUAUGUAGCAACACAUCCAAGACUAGGCAAUGUGACUGGAAAGUACUUUUCGGAUUGCAAUGAAGCCUCAACAUCCAAACUGGGAUCCAACACAACAGAAGCUGCUCGGUUAUGGACUGCCUCAGAAAUCAUGGUUUCUAGAGGCUCAAAAGCAGUUUUUGACCCACUCACUAGUGCCUUAGAUUAUGACAUAUCAAAAAAGCAAUUCAAAUAA